AUGAAAUAUACUGCCUCUGCGUGGGGUGCGAUGAGAGUUUCUCGAGAGUUGAUGGCGGUGGCGGUGUGGAUGGGGCUUGCGAGCGUGCUGGCGGGGCUGGUGGCGUGGAGGGUGCAGAAGGGGUUCGACGACAACCGCAAGGCGGCGCUCGACACCUGGUGCGCCGGUCGCGCGCGCUCGCUGCAGCAGCAGUUCAUGCAGACCGCCGACCACGUGCAGGCACUGGCAGGGCUCUUGACAGUGUUUGGCGGGGUGCGGGAGAACCCGUGGGGCGUGGCGGAGUGCAUGAGUCAGGAGCGGUACGUGCAGUUUGCACACAAGACUGUGGCCGCGCGGCCGUGGCUGUAUGGUGUCAUCUACCUCGUCCUCCUCAACCACACAGACAGGGCGGCGUACGAGCGGCAGAUGCGGUGCAGAGUGGUGGAUGUGAUGGAGCAAGCGCGCCCCCCAGAGGACUGGUACAUGCCCAUGCGCUACUGGGUCAACGACGCCCCCACGGUGCUCGCCACCACGCCCUGCAAGGACGCGCGCGCCCACCCGUCGUUCGGCCCACAGCUGCGCGAGAUGGUGGAGAGGGCGGACUGGUGGCUCACCACGCCCUUCGUGCUCGAUAAUGGCAACACUGGCAUCGGCAUGGGGUUCCCGCUGUUCCGAGGGGGCGUGUCGACGGCGUCGCCACAGGCGGAGCGGCAGCGCGCCAUGGUGGGAGCCAUGGGGGCGGCGCUGGACCUCAAGCGCCUCGCCAGCGCCAUCAUCCUCGACGUGCUGCAGGACGUGAACUACACUCUUGAGAUCUACGAUGUCACCGACACCUUGUCAUCGCCCGCGUCAGGCCCGCGCCUGCUGUACGGGGUGGGGGAGUUGCCGCAAGGCGACCCCAAGCAGGUGUCCAAGGUCAUUCCGCCCUCCACUGAGGCAAUGCUGCAGCCACACCGACACAAGGCCGUGCACCCAAUCAACCUCACCGACCCCUCUCGCACCUUCCAAGCCUGGUGCCACUUUGCAGGGGCGGACGAAGCACACAGCUGGGUGGCAAUCGUGCUGGGCACAGUCAUAGUGGUGGUGGCGGCGCUGCUGGCAGGCAUUGCAGUGACCGUGAUGCACAACACGCGGAGGGCGAGGAGGAAGACGGCGGUGGUGGGGGGCCUGAAGGAGAGCACGCAGUGCAAGGAGCACAACAAGAGCGCCUUCAUCGCCAGCACCUCGCACGAGCUGCGCACACCGAUCAUCGGGCUGAAAGGCAUGGUGGAGCAGCUGGUGGAGGGACAGAUGGAGGCGGAGAUGAGGGAGGACAUGCGGACGGCAGUGGAGGAGGCAGAGAGGGUGCUGCUGCUGGUGAACACGGUGCUAGACAUAUCCAAGGUGGAGGCGGGGCGCAUGCAGCUGGAGCGACUGCCGUUUGACACCCGGCACUGGCUGCUGGGCGCUCUGCAGAAGCACGGCGCCAGAGCUGCUCAAGCCGGGCUGCACUUCACAUGGCAUGUGGAUUCGAGCGUGCCGGGUGUGCUGGAGCGGGACUACAUGCGCCUGCAGCAAGUGAUGGACAGCAUCGUUGCCACCGUCUCGCCCCCAGUUCUGUUCUGUCCUCUCGUCCCUCUGCCUGCUGCUGCUCCCCCAGACAACGCCAUCAAGUUCACGGCCAGGGGGGGCGUGUGUGGGCGGCUUGCGUGGGCAGCAGCAGUGAGGCAAUGCUGUGAGCGCACGGAGGAGUGGGUGGGGCAGCAAGAGGGUGCAGUGGCGCAGCGGUGGUGCUGGCAUGGCAAUCCGGGGGGAGAGAGGCAUGGCAGGGAGGGCAGGGACGGCGCAGGUGCGGAUGCCAUGGCUGCUGCUGAGGCUGGGUGCGGGGCAGGCAGGGCGGCAGUGGUGCGCGUUGGGGAGGGCGGUGGUGUGGAGGGCAGUGGGGUGGGCGCAUGGGUGGGUGCUGUGAGGCGGUGGUGCGGCCGUUGUGCCGUGUGGAGCUGCAAGGGGGCUGAGCCUGAGAGGCAUCAAGGGCGGUGUGUGGUGCUGCUGACGUGUGAGGACACGGGGUGUGGCAUUGCACAGGAGGAGCAGCGCGACGUGUUUCACGCAUUCAUGCAGGCGCAUCACAAAAGGCAUUUGCACGGGGGUAGUGGCUUGAGCCUUCACAUAUCGAAACAACUGCAGAUUGUACCUCCCAUUUCUCAACCUCCCAUCUCUCAACCUCCCAUUUCUCAACCUCCCAUUUCUCAACCUCCCCUUUCUCAACCUCCCAUCUCUCAACCUCCCAUUUCUCAACCUCCCAUUUCUCAACCUCCCAUUUCUCAACCUCCCAUUUCUCAACCUCCCAUUUCUCAACCUCCCAUUUCUCAACCUCCCAUCUCUCAACCUCCCAUUUCUCAACCUCCCAUUUCUCAACCUCCCAUUUCUCAACCUCCCAUCUCUCAACCUCCCAUUUCUCAACCUCCCAUUUCUCAACCUCCCAUUUCUCAACCUCCCAUCUCUCAACCUCCCAUUUCUCAACCUCCCAUUUCUCAACCUCCCAUCUCUCAACCUCCCAUUUCUCAACCUCCCAUUUCUCAACCUCCCAUUUCUCAACCUCCAUCUCUCAACCUCCCAUUUCUCAACCUCCCAUUUCUCAACCUCCCAUUUCUCAACCUCCCAUUUCUCAACCUCCCAUUUCUCAACCUCCCAUUUCUCAACCUCCCAUUUCUCAACCUCCCAUUUCUCAACCUCCCAUUUCUCAACCUCCCAUUUCUCAACCUCCCAUCUCUCAACCUCCCAUUUCUCAACCUCCCAUUUCUCAACCUCCCAUUUCUCAACCUCCCAUCUCUCAACCUCCCAUUUCUCAACCUCCCAUUUCUCAACCUCCCAUUUCUCAACCUCUCAUCUCUCAACCUCCCAUUUCUCAACCUCCCAUUUCUCAACCUCCCAUCUCUCAACCUCCCAUUUCUCAACCUCCCAUUUCUCAACCUCCCAUUUCUCAACCUCCCAUCUCUCAACCUCCCAUUUCUCAACCUCCCAUUUCUCAACCUCCCAUUUCUCAACCUCCCGUUUCUCAACCUCCCAUCUCUCAACCUCCCAUUUCUCAACCUCUCAUUUCUCAACCUCCCAUUUCUCAACCUCCCAUCUCUCAACCUCCCAUUUCUCAACCUCCCAUUUCUCAACCUCCCAUUGCUCAACCUCCCAUUUCUCAACCUCCCACCUCUCAACCUCCCAUUUCUCAACCUCCCAUUUCUCAACCUCCCAUUGCUCAACCUCCCAUUUCUCAACCUCCCAUUUCUCAACCGCCUGCCUGUCAACCGCCUGUCUCCCAUGCCACGGCGUGCAGGUGUCACUGAUGGGCGGCACGCUGCUGCCGCUGCUGCUGCUCCUGCCCGUGCUGCCAGCCUGAGCGCAGGAGCUCUUACUGGUACCACUGCUGGUCCCGUCAUAACCAGCAGCACCAGGAGGGUGGUGGACGGGCGCGGGCAGGUGGCAGUAGAGGGGAGCAGUGAAGGGGCGGAGCAUACAGAGAGUGGGAGGGAGGUGCGGCGCGCAGGUGGGGAGGGUGGUGAACUCACAAGGCACACACAGGCGAUAGCAGCGCAGGGAAGGGGGGAGGUGCAGGGGGGUGAGGUGGGAGCGACGUGGGUGAGCGGCACGACGCAGAGUGCCAAGGAGGCACUUAAGGAGCUGCUACAGGGCAUGGCAAUCCUGGUGGUGGACGACAAUCUAAUCAACCGGCGGGUGGCUGCGAGCACACUCACACGGUACGGCGCGGAGGUGGCGCUGGCGGAGUCGGGCGAGGCGGCGCUGCGCCUGCUGCAGGCGCGCCACUCCUUCUGCCUCGUGCUCAUGGACCUCCACAUGCCGGGCCUGGACGGGUACGAGACGGUCACUCGGCUGCGUCGUCUGGAGCGGGAGUCGUGGGGCGGGGAGGCAGGGGGUGAGCGGUGUGUGAGGGUGGUGGCCAUGUCAGCAGACGUGGACAGCACUGUUGCAGCACGAGCUGCUCUGGUGGGCAUGGAUGGGGCCGUGCAGAAACCACUCAAUGAGAACCAACUCUUGGCUGUCAUGAGAACACUUCAAAUGUAA